AAAAAUUGACAGGCUGGAAGAUAAUAUCUGGCAAUUAUUGCAUGUUCCUAUUGUGUCACUAAUACAACUGUAAAAUUAAUUGCAAACAUUACGGUAAGAGCAGUUAUUGUAUUGUUACAGAUGCUUGCGUUUUCCUUACUUGGUGCUUUCCUCUUCACGAUUGCCGGAAUUAUGCUAUUUUUGAACGCCUAUACGGAGCACGCGGAACAGAUAGUAGCUAUAGCAUUAUGCUUACUGACAGCGAUAAUCUUUCUCAUUGAUAUCACCAUGGUGCUCGCGUGAGUCUUUAUUUAUCAACUAAUUAUAUAUAUCCUGGAAACGAAAGACUCGGGGUUGAUCGAAUAAUCUUUUUUAUACCUUCAUAGAUUUUGGAAGAGGAAAUGCUCACACUGCAGACGAUGUUGCAUUGAAGCAACAGAAGGUUUGAUUCGCAAAAGCGAAGAACCACAUGUCACCAUUGUCGAGGCCAAGCAAGACACAACGACCAGCAUAAGUGACAUCCGACUGCCGAGUGAGUUUGAAAGUGUUGCGAAAGAGAUGUCGUUACCGGAACAUUAUUAUCGGAAAGUGCAGAAUAUUCGGCGCCGACAAUACGUCGAUUGUCCAACCUGCGUGCCGUCGUUAUGUAAUCUCGGCGUCGCUCAGAUCCAGACAGAACCAAAGGACACUUCUGCGGUGGAGAUUCAAACCCCGACGGCCAUCACAAGGGAGACACCGAUACAGACAUUGAGCAAAUGCGAAUUUUGCCAGCGACUGAUGCCACCUAGCGAGGAAUCCACAUGCGGACCGUUAUGCUCGCAGGACCCAUCGCAAUGGACCGCUUAUCCCGCCAUUUUGCAAGUCAUUCGCGGAAUCGGCAUGUGUUGUCCCAAGUAAUUUGUGCACAAACGCCCUUCUGACUGUUGUAUCGAGAACUUGGGACACAAUACACAGAACUCUUCCACAGGUGCAAGUGUCCAAG